AUGGCGCCAUCAAGCACAAACAACGACAAGCGAAAACGGGUGGACGUCGACCUGACUGGCAACGACGACGAGCAGACAUCCUCGCGUAAGGCACCAAGAACUGCAGCCCCUAGCAGCCAAAUCAGCCGCAGCCAACGGCCAUUUGCAGCCGCUGGCAGCAGCACCACCGAGAGAGAGGCAUGGCUGGCGAACGAUAUCGAAGACGAUAUUGACGAAGUCAUUGGUUCAUCACAGGACGAUGCAGCGGGCAGCGAUCGACUACAACUUUAUGGCGAUCUUUCCAUCAAGAUCGUUGGCUGCCAGUACUAUCGCGGCAAUGCAAACCCUGGCGAACACAUCCUGAUGCGCCGCGAGCCCGGCAAUCCGUAUGACACAAAUGCCAUCAGAAUUGACAACGUCUCUGGGCAUCAAAUUGGUCACAUCCCGCGCAAGACGGCAGAAAAGCUCAGCAAGUACAUCGACAAUCGAUGGCUGCGUUAUUCUUCGUUGAUGGCCGAUGGAGUGCUUGUUCGUUUGGCUGACAGAGAGACAGGACCGGACCCGACCUCCGAUGAGGGUAAGACCCUUGUCGAAAAGAUGAAGGUUGACAAGCUGCCCAUCAAAGCCAUCACCGAUGCCGAGAAGGCUGAGAAACAGCCAGCAGGAGGUGGUUCCGGGAGCGCUUCGAAGGGGGGCCAACCGACCUAUGCCAAUGGCCAUAUCCCUAAUGGCACCCAAGAACAACAGAUGGCAGAGAUUCUCGAGGCCUCUGCGCGAAUCGAUCCGCGCGGAGUGGCGGUCACACAGCAGAUGGGCAUGAACGAAGACGAUCUCAAAAACAUGCCACUUGCUUCGCAACCCAAGGGCAUAAAGACAUCGAUGCUACCAUAUCAGCUGCAAGCGUUGCGUUGGCUUCUCGAUCACGAAACUCCAGUACUUCCCGGCCCUGGUACAGACGAAUCUGUGCAGCUAUGGACUCGCUCAAACGGUGGCUAUACCAACCUUGCUUCCAACUUCACAACCAGUCAAGCACCACCACUUGCUUCCGGUGGGAUCCUCGCUGACGACAUGGGUCUGGGCAAGACGCUUGAGAUGAUAUCUCUCAUCGUUGCUGAUGCUGAGAAGUUCGGCAGAGGCACGACACUCGUCGUGGCACCGCUGAGCGUCAUGUCCAAUUGGACGACACAGAUCGACGCUCAUGUGAAGCAAAGCAGCAAAAUGAGUUGCUAUACGUAUCACGGCACAGGACGAGUGGACAGCAUGGCGGCGGAAGACUUCGCAAAUUACGAUGUGGUUCUCACGACAUACCAAACGUUGGCCAGUGACUUCAUGCCACGAGGCAAGGGUUCAAAGCAGCCGGAGAACAAGCUCCGCGAGAAAGGCCUCUACAGCAUGGAGUGGCGGCGUGUCAUUCUUGACGAAGGUCACAUUGUCCGCAACCCACAAACGAAAGGCGCUGGUGCUGUCAACAACCUCACGUCCCGUUCUCGAUGGGUACUGACCGGCACACCCAUUGUCAAUUCACUGCGAGAUCUGUUCUCUCUCUUACGGUUCGUCGGUAUCACGGGCGGUCUCAACCAGCUGGAUGUGUUCAACGCUGUGCUCGUCCGACCGUUGAGUAAUGGAGGUGCAAAGUCUGAGGACGCCUCUAUUCUGCUGCAAGCCGUCAUGCGAGCCUUCACUCUACGCCGACGCAAAGACAUGGCGUUUAUCGACCUUCGACUGCCGAAAUUGGAGGAGUUUGUCCAUCGUCUCGACUUCACAGAGAAGGAACAGACGCGAUACGACGCUUUCCGUGAUGAAGCCAAGGGUCUCAUGAUGAAGUACGAGCAGAACGCUGCUGCUGGCGCGAAGACAACAGCCACAUACAAUCACGUCCUGGAAGUUCUUCUCCGAAUGAGACAGUGUUGUAAUCACUGGGGUCUCUGUAAGGAGCGAGUUAGUCGCUUGCUCGCACAACUGGAGAAGCAAGCCGUGGUUGACCUCAAUCCUGAGAACACGAAAGCUCUGCGUGACAUCCUUCAGGUCCAGAUCGAGUCAGCUGAGGAGUGCGCCAUAUGUCUCGAGACUCUUCACGAGCCUGUCAUCACAGCAUGCGGUCACAGCUUCGGGAAGGACUGCAUCGUUCGCGUCAUUGAGGGCCAACACAAGUGUCCCAUGUGUCGAGCUGAACUGAAAGACGAGUCUUGCUUGGUGAAGCCAGCAACGGAGACAGGAGACGAAAAAGCCGACGACGAAGUCGAUCUACACCAAAGCUCCAGCAAGCUCGAGGGCAUCGUCAAGAUUUUGCAGGCCACCAAGACGGACAAGACGAUCGUUUUCUCUCAGUGGACCAGCUUCCUUGACAUUGUCAGCGCUAGACUAGACAAGGACGGGGUAAAGUACUGCCGACUUGACGGCACGAUGAAUGUGGCCAAGCGAGAUGAAGCCAUCGAGGCUCUUAACAGCGAUCCGAAGACAACAGUCAUGCUGGCUUCACUUGCCGCAUGCUCUGUUGGCCUGAACCUCACGGCGGCGUCGAACGUGAUCUUAUCAGACACGUGGUGGGCCCCAGCUAUUGAAGAUCAAGCCGUUGACAGAGUGCACCGUCUCGGCCAGAAGAAGGAAACGAAGGUGUUCCGACUGGUCAUGGAGGGGAGCAUUGAGGAGGAAACCAUCCGAAUCCAGACUGAUAAGCGGAAGCUCAUGGCUCUCGCUUUCUCGGAGAAGUCGAACAAGAGAGCAGCGCCAAAGACCAGCCGCAUCGCCGACAUCCAACGGCUACUGGCUUGA